AUGGCCUCAAAUUCUGCCCCCUCCAAACGCAGGUGCCUCUGUUCUCCGACCAACCAUCCCGGCUCUUUCCGCUGCAGUUUUCAUCGGAACCGCCGCAAGGUCGUCUCCGCUACGUCCUCAUCCUCCAUUGCUGCCAUUUCCACUGCGCAAUUGGAUCUCGCGAUGUUGGCGAAGGCGAACGCGCUGAGGGCGUUUCUUCUGCAGAUCAUCAAGCCGUCGGGUAACGAUCCUCAGCGGCGGAGGAAUUUCAACCCGAGGCCUUCCAGGUUUUGCUUGAUGAACAAUCAUGGAACAGGAUUGGCUGUUUCUUGA